AGUGUCUGUUGCUCACUCACUGGGGGUGUAACAUGAUCACCACCCACAGCUCGUAUAAAAACGAGUCUGGCAGGCAUGAGGGCCGGCACUGCAUGGCAGGAGCUCCUGGUCCCUCUGGAGGUGAGAGGACAGAAGCAGACUUUCCGGGCUGCCUGAGCACGUGAAGAGAAGCCUCACCCAGCCUGCAAUGGGGAGCUGUUUAAACCGGCCGCAAGGCGUGGAGAGUAGUGACGGGGACGCCUCCCAGCCCAUCUUCUUCCACCCCUUCACCCACGGCUCCCAGGUCCUCCUGGAUGAGUUCCACCACGUGGCUGAGCGGGCCAGCAGCUUCCAUGACGGCAUCGUCUUCACCAACCGGCCCAUCCGGCUCCACGAGCAGGUGACGCUGAAGAUCUUGAAGAAGGAGGCCAGUUGGCACGGGGGGCUGAGAGUGGGCUUCACAGCCAUGGACCCCUCCAAGCUGGACUCCCGUCACCUGCCGCCAUUUGCGUGCCCCGACCUGGUCAGGCAGGGGAAGACCUGGGCUGCAGUCCUGCCAGACCAUUGCGUGGAGGAAGGCACCAUCCUCACGUUCUGGGUGGACCAGAGAGGCAGAGUUUUCUUCUGCAGCCAGCAAGAGGCCCGGAGCAUGUGCCUGCUGAGGGACGUCCCCGUGAGAUGCUGUCUCUGGGCCGUCAUUGAUGUCUACGGGCAGACCAAGGCGGUCCAGCUUCUGGAUCCCACGAGGCCCUGGGGAGGCGUCGGUGAGCCCGCCCCUGUCCCCAGGCCAUCGCAUCCUGCCAUGCUUCAUGCGCCGGCGUGCCGGGAUUACAGCUCUCUCCCGGGAGGCUGCACGGAGGAGUGUGUCAUUUGCUGCUCACACGAGGCCAACGCCCUGCUGCAGCCCUGCGGCCAUGGCACCCUCUGCCACUGUUGUGCCCAGCAGGUCUUCCACAGCAACCGCCCUUGCCCCUUCUGUCGGGAGCAGCUACAGGACGUUGUUCUGGUCAUCCCAGCUCCUGGGACACGUCUGCCUGUUGGGAACCAACCAUGGCCAGGAGGAUGAAUGGACGCAGGGGUGGGGGGGUUUCUGAAACCUGCCCCAGUGAAAGGUAGAGCUCCUCCCACCCCCCGCACAACCCUGCUGCUGGCUCCCCUUGCUGGGGGUCUGGGCCAUGUCUCCUCUGCCCCCCUCACUCUGCGCCUUGCACGGGUGAUGACGCUCCCGUACUCUCCCUGGCUGGGCUGUUUCGCACAGAGCAGGGGAACUGGGGGCAGCCCCCAUGACGAGGGACUCAGCCCAGCAGAAGCAAGGAAGGUGAUGAGCCAAAAUCAGCAGGCUCCUAUUUCAUGUUUUUUCUCAUGUAUUCGGGGGACCAGCCCCUGAGCAAUCUCUUGCCUUCUGUCCAUGCCAGUGAUGGGGGUUCAGAUGCAGGGAGCCCAAACAACAGCCCAGCUCCAGACCCCAACACUGGGGGAGGGGGGGGGCUCAGAUUUAGGUCUGAACUCCACAGCUCCGGCCUGUCUGUGGGGACAGGCACUCCUGGCCCCACCAGGCCCUUUCCUCUGCCCCCUGUUGCCCCGGGAGUGGGGUCGACACUGUUCCCUAGGGAGAGCAGGGACAUGCCAGCCAGAAGGGAGAAUGGAGCGGGGAGGCAGGGGCCCACGGGAAAUGUUCCUGGGAGAAUUAGUCUGCCCAGUUCAUCCCCUGCCCGUGUAGAUAGCCCUACUGUCUGUAGUAAUGUCCGGUGUCUGGAGAGAGGAGCUCUGUCUAACAGUGUAACUAUGUAAAUAGGCUGAAAUGUGUGUAACGAGGUCUCAGUCCCUCCCAUCAAUGUGUAACUAGCUCCGUUGUACAGCCUGGCGUGUCUCACACACGUGCGCAAGGCAGCACCUCCCCCAAUGAACUCAGCUUGCCUGCCGGGGGGGGGGAGGGGGGCUGCUACAUCACAGCCAAGUGGGCGGCUUUCGCUUACCCAGGAAUUUGGGGCCAGGCCUGAUGCUGAGUCCGCUGGAGUCAAUGGGAGCCUUUCGAUUUGUGCCGAGGGGCUUUCGAUGAAGCCCUGAGUGACGGAGGCUCAGCGAGCGUCACGGAGAUGGGCCUCGUCGAGGCAGAUGGAUCCAGGGCCAGAUGGGGGCCUCCGGGGCCAGGAAGCUGGGAUGAACUGAACCAGCAGCUGUUCUUAAUGCAAGGGAAUUCCUCCUACCUCGUGCAGCCAGGGGAGGGAUGCCAGACCACAGGGGCCGGAGGAUCCUGGGGGAGUGGAAAAUGCCUGGACUUUCCUGCUGCUUUGGGGAGGGGAAUUUCAUGGACCACUCAUGUGACCCUCACCCAGGGAUGUGUGGGAGGGAGAUGUGGACCUUUUCUUUACAGUCACCUUGGUGGCAAACUGGCCCACAAAUGUCACUCAGUAGGGCCUGAUCCUGAGUUCUAUGCCAGCCUCUGCCAGUGGCCUGCUGGGUGACCUUGAGCAAGUCCCUCCUGCUCGCUGUGCCUCAGUUUCCCCAUCUGUAAAACAGGAGUAAUAGCACUAACCCCUUUUGUAAAGUGCUUUGAGAUCUAUGCUUGAGAAGUGCUAGCUGAGAGCUGGGUAUGGUUUACUGUUGGCUUUGGAUCAAGCACCAUCAUUUGGGAUUAAAAGUAAAACAGUAUGUAAAGCCCCUGGGCCAGAUUCUGAUCACAGUUACACCAGGGUAGAUCCAGAGUGAAGACAACUCCCCAUGCACAGCAUGCCCCGGCCACUAUGCCUUACCAUCAUGAGCUGGGCUGUGUGUUGCGGUGACUCCUUUGAAAAUCCCACGCCUUAAUCUUUAAAACCACCUGCAUGCCAAUGGGGAGAGGGGUGUGGCGUUCGCAUCCCUAUGGACAUGCUGCCAAAGGCUUGUCUGUUAUUGUUAAUAAACUGUA